AUGCUGGAGCUAUAUCUGCAGUGCGGGGCUGUCCUCUUGGGCCUGGUGGAGACUUGUCCCGAGCCCUGUGACGACAGCCAGAAGUAUGGCUUCCAAAAUCGCCGACUGUGCCUACGGGACCUGGAGGCCUUGCCUCACGGUUUCCCUGCCAACGUGACCACGCUGAGUCUGUCUGCCAACCGGCUGCCAGCCUUGCCCGAAGGCGCCUUCCGGGAGGUUCCCAGGCUGCAGUCCCUGUGGCUGGCCCACAAUGAGAUCCGUACGGUGGCGGCGGGUGCCCUGGCCCCACUGAGCAACCUCAAGAGCCUGGAUCUCAGCCACAUCCUCAUCACCGACUUCGCCUGGAGCGACCUGCACAACCUCAGACGCCCUGCAGCUGUUGAGCUGGACAGCAAUGAGCUGACCUCAGUGCCCCGCGAUGCCUUCCGCAGCCUGCGUGUCCUGCGCUCUCUGCAGCUCAACCAUAAUCGCCUUCACACUCUAGUCGAGGGCACCUUGGCACCGCUCACCCGGCCCUCUCUCAACCUGCAGAUCAAUGACAAACCCUUCGACGACACCUGCGGCAUCAUGUGGUUCAAGACGUGGGCCCUGACCACCACCGUGUCCAUCCCAGAACAAGACAACAUCACUUGUGUCUCUCCUCGCCUGCUCAAAAGGCACCCGCUGAACCGCCUGCUUCCACUGCCCUGUUCUGCACCCUCGGUCCAGCUCACCUACCAGCCCAGCCAGGACGGUGCUGAGCUGCGGCCGGGCUUUGUGCUGGCCCUGCACUGUGAUGUGGAGGGGAGCCCAUUCCCCGGCCUGCACUGGCACAUUAGGACGCCCAGCAGCACCGUGGAGAUUGCCAGCCCCAAUGUGGGUGCGGAUGGGCGAGCCCUGCCCGGAUCCUGCCCGCUGGCAGCCAGCCAGCUUCAGGCUUUUGCCAAUGGCAGCCUGUUCAUCCCCGACUUUGGCAAGCAAGAAGAGGGCACCUACAGCUGCCUAGCUACCAACGAGCUGGGCAGUGCCGAGAGCUCAGUGAAUGUGGCUCUGGCCACCCCAGGUGAAGGGGGUGAGGAUGCACUGGGCCACAGGUUCCGCGGCAAAGGCACCGAGGCCAAGGGUUUGCACACAGUGGACAACGAGGUGCAGCCCUCAGGCCGAGACAACGUGGUCAUCAUCUACCUUCAGUCGCAACGGGAACCCCCUGAAGCUGCUGGGGGGGCAGCGGGAGAAGGGGGACUGGGACAGCAGCCCCCUGGGCUUCUCCUUCUGGGCCAGAGCCUCAUGCUCCCUCUUCCUCACUUCUUUCUAGCCCACCUGACCGAGGCCAGCUGGAGUAGCUGACUCCGCCCCUGGUACAAGGGACUCUGGGGGUUUCGAUUCCUGAGGUCCCUACGGGGGCUGCACAUCUUCCUACCUCCCCAUCUCAGCUCUUCUGGAUCCCUCACUUGCCCAUUUUUAGUCCAAAACUAACCAGGAAAGUUGCCUCUCCACUGGCUGCUAUGAAGCUCAUUGCUGCUAACCACAGA